CCUCUGAUUCGCGAAAGAGGUGAAAGUAUGCACUCUGAAUAUUGUAAUUGUAGUUUGUAAUUUUAUUGAGUACGAAAAUCUGUUACACUGUAUAUCAGAUCAAGGAAGAAUAUUGCAUUUAUUUGCCAUUCAAUUUUAUUUGUAGUUUGCAUUUUUAAUAAAUACGAUUACCUGCUAAUACAACUGUGUACCAAGUCAAAGAAAUUUCUAGGAUUGUACUAAAUACAGAACAAUAUGCGUGCAUUAUUUGUCAAUUUAUAUAGUUUAGUUAUUUAUUAAUAACAGUUAGUAUCUGCUAAUAAGCAAAGUUAUAAAGUAAAUUGAAAUAUGGUGGCCCAUUGUAGCGCUUCGUUUUGCCAGCAAGAGCUUGGAGCUGGAAUUGCCUGGUUUCUGUUCCCGCCUGACCAUCACCGGAAGCGUAUCUGGAUGGAACGAUUACAGGUCAGAGAAGAUCCCCAACGACCAUACAUGUUGGCCUGUCGAAAGCAUUUCUCUGAAGCUCAGUUUCACAUUACAGCCAAUGGUAAGAAGUUGAUUAGUGAAGCUGUUCCGGAUAUGUUUGUUGCUGAAGUCGAAACUGACGACGACGACAACGAUGACGACAAUGAAGGUACUCCACCCGAGCUCACCCCUGUCAUGGUGAGAGAAUCACGCAAUAAUGUGUGCCGCUUUUGUCUAAAAAAGGACACCGAACUAAGAAGGUUAUUUUCCAAAAACAAAGGAAAAGACAUUCCUAGUCCAAAGAUUAUUUGGCAAACACUGGGCAUCGACGUUCGACGGAAUGAUAGCUUUCCGGACGGAAUCUGUGGUACUUGUAUUGCCAUGAUCAACGGUAUUAAAGUCAUUCGAAGGCGGUUUCAGGAGAAUGACAGACAAAUGCAUGCGGAUUACACGGCAGCCGUGGAGGAAAUGAAUGCUCCUGAAACUCCGUCGCCGUCGAUUGCCAAGCCAGAAUCAGAACACUCGGACGUUCUGGUACUGGAAAUAUACGAGAAUAACGUCGAUUGUGAUCCGGAUGAACAGCUGCAGGUCGGUGACGAGAUAACCGUAGUGGAGGUGGAAGAUCUACGGUACGGAAAUUACAACAACCUGACCAACGGUGACCCAAUCGCUGCUGUCGAGUUACAAAACGAGGAGUUCGAGAUUGACCUACCGGCGAAAAGGCGUCGCUGCUACGGGCAGGUUGGAGUAGCUGAGCAACGAUGACAAUGGGCAAUAAGAUUUUUAAUAUUUUAUAGAACUUUGAUUUAUAUCUUUACUCAUUUACACAUUGCAUACAUGCUGCUAAAUUUUAUAAAGAACAAAAUAUAGUACCGUUAAGAGUAUA